AUGACAGAAUUUCGAAUAUUUUUUAUGCAAAUAAGUAUAUUAUUAUAAUAUUUUUAAAGAUGAUUAAGGCAAUUCUAGUUUUCAACAAUCAUGGAAAGCCUAGACUUUCAAAAUUUUAUCAGUACUAUCCAGAAGACAUGCAACAACAGAUAAUUAGAGAAACAUUCCAGCUAGUGAGCAAAAGAGAUGAUAAUGUAUGUAAUUUCUUAGAAGGUGGAAGUUUAAUUGGUGGAUCGGAUUAUAAACUUAUAUAUCGACACUAUGCUACUCUGUAUUUUGUAUUUUGUGUGGAUUCCUCAGAAAGUGAACUUGGAAUAUUAGAUUUAAUUCAGGUUUUCGUAGAAACAUUAGAUAAAUGUUUUGAAAAUGUAUGUGAAUUGGAUUUAAUUUUCCAUGUUGACAAGGUACAUUAUAUACUUAAUGAAUUAGUCAUGGGUGGCAUGGUUUUAGAAACAAAUAUGACGGAAAUUAUAACUAGGGUAGAAGAGCAAAACAAACUAGAAAAACAAGAGGCUGGCCUUUCUGCAGCUCCUGCCAGGGCUGUUUCUGCAGUGAAAAAUAUGAAUAUUCCUCAACAAAUUAAGGAUAUGAAAUUACCUGAUCUUCCUUCCAUUAGUACCUUAAAGUUUUAA